AUGGAGGCCGAGACAUUGGAACAAAUGCAGGCGCGGCACCGCCGCGAGCUGAAGGAUCUCCAGGGAAGAAUCACAAGCAAGAAGAAGAACGCCACAAAGAAGACGCGCAAGGGCGUCAAUGAUGAAUGCGCCGAGAUGGAACGCCAGUUGAGAGAGACGCAAGCUUCCGAAGUCGCCGCCUUGAACGGAGAAGUCGAGGAAGAUGUUGAGGAAGAGGGACAAGACGACGAGACGCCCGGCGGGACAGAGGUGCUGGAAAAUGCAACUGCGAAGCUCAAGAUUGAAGAGGAAAAUGCUCAGCAGCAGCAGCAGCCUGGAAAGAAGCGAAAUCGACAAAAGGAGCGCCUCGCACGCCGCGCCGCCGAGCAAGAGGCCGCCAUGCUCAACGCCGAGCAGGAAGCCUCGUCCAUGACAGACCACCGCGCGCGCGAAAGCACAUACAUGAAGAGCGCAUUUGCGACGCACAAGCUCACCGAGAAGGACAUUCAACCAGACGGCCACUGCCUGUUCUCAGCGCUGGCGGACCAGCUCUCCCACAAUGGCAUCCCUCUGGGCGGUGGCGGCGACAAGGAAGUAGAAGAGCCUGCGUACAAGACGAUGCGGAAGACGGCGACGGGAUACAUGGAGGCGCAUGCGGAUGACUUUGCGCCGUUUCUGGAGGAGGAUUUCGGGGGGUACGUGAAGAAGAUGCGGGACACGGCGGAGUGGGGUGGGCAGUUGGAGUUGAUGGCCGUGGCGAGGCGCUAUGGGGUUGAGAUUAAGGUGAUUCAGGAUGGGAGGACGGAGAAUAUCAGCGGCAGACAAGAAGACAAGGAGGGAGAGGAAGCGAAGACAUUGUGGUUGGCGUAUUAUCGACAUGGAUAUGGGCUGGGAGAACAUUACAACUCUUUGAGAAGGGCGACGACGACGACGACGACGACAGCGGCAACCACGGCGGAACGAGGAUGA